AUGACCACUCUCAACCAGCCCAUCAAUAUAGGAGACUUCAUCCUCGUCCACAGCCCAAACAAAGCGUACAUGCUCAUUGUCAUGGGCACGCCAAGUCCAAGCACUAUUCCCGAAGAUCACAAAGUCAUAUUGAACGAGAUAAACUGGCACAUCCCGUUCAAACAAGGCUACUGGAUGCCCUCGGGUCCGAAGAUCGAGUACGACUACGAGCCAGACGAACCACCUCAUCGAGUACCAGAGUCUACGUGCCUGUGCAACGAGCACCUGGACGUGGGGUCUACCGCGACGGUCGACCUUGCCGGAUUUUUCAAGAACGCGGGUAUCGACGCCCAAGCCCACGGCCUCACGCUGAUCGUCAAUCCGCACGGCAGAGACGUGUUCAAACACUACUUCAACGACCGCUGCCCCGUCUGCGACUCAGAGCAUAUGAUCGAUCCCGGCUCCGUUCCCGGAAACCUGAUGGAAACUGGAACAAACGAGGAUCCGAAAGUGAGACAGCCGUGUCCGGUCUGUAUGGGAGAGGAACUUGCUGUCGAUGAUGGCACUCGGCUUGGAAUUAUCAGGGACUUGAUCCCGGAACUCUGGCGCGAGGGAAGUUACAUGUCACAUGAGCAGCGUGGGCAACUUAGGAUGGAGAUUGCCCAGUCGAUUAGGGAACGAUAUGAGUUCAUAUGUCAUCGGCUGCUGGAGAUGGGCUUUCUUUACCCGGAUACCGCUUAA